AUGCUGUCCGCCGCUAGAUACUCCAGCACCACCGUGGUGGUGGGCUCGGGGUUGGCAGGCCUCACCACCACCUUACAAUUGCUCAAAAAAGGGGUCCGAGUGGUGCUAGUGGAGAAAACAGACACCCUAGGCGGCAACUCCAUCAAGGCGUCGUCGGGGAUCAACGGGGUGCCCACACGGCACCAGCACAACGGCGAUACCGUGGGUGCCUUCUACGAAGACACCUUGCGAGCUGGCAAGGGUCUCUGCAACCACGACUUGGUGUGGGAGUUGGCCAGCCGCUCGCAGUGGGCCCACAACUGGCUCGCCAGCCAGAACAUCGACCUCUCGCGAGUGGCACUCUUGGGAGGCCACUCGUACGCCCGCACCCAUCGCGGCGCUGGCAGAAUGCCACCAGGAGUGGCUAUCGUGCUGGCGUUGUGCAAGCAGUUACAGAGCUAUCCGUCUAGCCAGCUCCAGGUGAUGAAGCAGAGCCGGGUAGCUCUGCUUGUGGUGCACGACGGGGCGGUCACGGGAGUGGCGGUGGAACGCUCGCACGAGCGCGUGGAGCUAGUGGACGUGCACAGCGUGGUGUUGGCCACUGGCGGCUACGGUGCGGACGCCCAGCUUUUGGGGGAGCACCGCCCUGACUUGGUGGAUUUCCCGCUGACGAAUGGCUGCCAAACCACAGGAGACGGCCACAAAUUGGCUGUCCGCGACGCUGGCGCAAAGUUGGUUCAAAUGGACCAGGUCCAGGUCCACCCCACUGGGUUUGUCGAUGUGGCAGACACCAACAACUCGUGGAAGUUCCUCUGUGGCGAGGUUGUCCGUGGCGUGGGUGCCAUUCUCGUGUCGCCAGAAACAGGACUUCGGUUUGUCAACGAGUUGGAUACGCGUGACGCCGUGACGGAGGCGCUCCUUGCCCACUGUCGCUCCCGCACCGCGGUCAUUCUCGCUAGCGCUAGCGACUACUUGCAGGCACAGGCCCACAUGGACUUCUACAUGCUGAAGGGCCUAGUGCACCGCGGCACGGUAGCGGACUUGGUGCGAUUACUCACACAACAGGGACUCGCGUGCGCAGACGAGGCAACAUUUACUGCCACUAUCGAGAACUACGCCAAGUGCGUAGCGACAGCUACAGACCCCCUAGGACGCACCCAGUUUGGCAGCAGUGAUUUCUCGGGCGAGUACUAUUACGGGUUGGUGACUCCCGUAGUGCACUUCUCCAUGGGGGGUGUGGCCAUCGACACCCAGGGACGAGUGCUCCGCGAGAACGGCAGUGCCGUGCCCAACUUGUACGCUGCAGGCGAGGUAAGCGGAGGGGUGCACGGGGGAAACCGGCUCGGGGGCUCGUCGCUCUUGGAGUGUGUGGUUUUCGGCAAGAUUGUCAGCGAGAGUAUUGUCAGACUGGCAAAAGCUAGCUAG